AUGGAAGAACAACUCAAGACAUUGAUCAAAGUAUGGGUUUUUGCAAUAAUGUGUAUGUCUUACUGUUACUACUUACCAUCAAAAAUCAAAGCUGGUCUUCCUAGAUUACUCUUUGUUCUUCCCAUUUGUGCUCUCUUCGUUGUUCUUCCUCUUUUUCUCUCCUCUAUCCAUUUAUCUGGCUCCACUGCCCUUUUCUUUUCAGGGGUUGGCAAUUUAAAGCUAAUCCUCUUCUGCUUCGACCAAGGUCCUCUUUACCCACUUCCCUCAAAUCUCUUCAGAUUCGUAUGUUACACUUGCUUCCCAGUCAAGCUUGAGCAAAGCCCUAAAUCUCAAACUCGGUUACCAAAAUGGUUAUUCGCUGUUAAAGUAGCACUCUUUGGUGUGGUGUUACACUCGUAUAAUUACAAACAAACUCUCUCUCCCUUUCUAACGUUGUGGCUCCAUCCUUUGCAUAUAUACUUGGAGCUUGAGGUUCUCUUAACGCUUCUCAAAGUUUUUGUCACCAUCACUCUUGGGUGCGAGGUAGAGCCACAGUUCAACGAACCAUACUUAGCCACAUCUCUUCAAGAUUUUUGGGGGCGCCGAUGGAACCUCAUGGUCUCUUCCGUUCUCCGGUUAGGAGUUUACUAUCCUGUGCGGCGAGUCUGCGAAUACUUAACGAGCUCUGACUAUGCUAAGUUGAUAGGUGUUUUCGCAACGUUCUUAGUUUCCGGUGUAGCUCACGAGGUGAUUUUCUUCUAUUUAACACGUGAGAUGCCUACAUGGGAAAUCACUUUGUUCUUUGUGUUACACGGAGUUUGUGCGGCGACUGAAAUGGCGGUGAAGAGGACGGAGUUUGCGUGGCGGUACGCGGUGAGUCCGAUGGUGUCACGGUUACUCACGGUAGGGUUUGUAGUUGUGACAAGUGGUUGGUUGUUUUUUCCUCAGUUGAUAAGAAGUGGCGUGAUGGAGAGACGGGCUAAUGAAAUGUUGUUGGUCAUUGAUUUCGUGAAAACGCAAGUUUUUCAUUUUCUUUGA